AUAGGGGCAUUAAAUUUGGGGAAGAAAAAAUAAAAGUUGAGAGUACUAGUAUAAAACAGAGGUGAAUAAUAUCAAUUGAGUUGGCUUAACCUCUUUUGUUAUAUGAUCUUAUCUAUCUAUGCAAUUAAUAGCUUUUCCAUCUCACACAAGCUGUAUCCUUAAUAAAUUAGAAACCCUAUCUUUAUACAACCCUACCCCUUUUUAUUUCUUGUAUCCCUUUCCUUUGCACAUCAACGUAGUACAAUUUUAAUAUAAGGUUGUAAGUUGUAACUAAAGAAAAAAUGGUGAAGAUCUGUGGAAUCGGAGCUGGAUAUGUAGGGGGUCCAACGAUGGCGGUUAUAGCCCUCAAAUGUCCUUCGAUUGAAGUAGCUGUUGUCGACAUCUCUCACCCUAGGAUAGCAGCUUGGAACAGCGACAAACUCCCAAUCUACGAGCCCGGCUUAGAACAGAUUAUACAACAAUGCAGAGGAAAGAAUCUCCUCUUCAGCACCGAAGUAGAGAAACAUGUUUACGAAGCUGAUAUAAUCUUUGUUAAUGUUAACACGCCAACAAAAACAGGAGGCCGUGGAGCUGGCAAAGCUGCAGAUUUAACUUAUUGGGAAAGUGCGGCGAGGAUGAUCGCCGAUGUUUCAAGAUCAAACAAGAUUGUCGUUGAGAAAUCGACUGUUCCCGUUAGAACAGCUGAAGUGAUUGAGAAAAUUCUAGUCCACAAUAGCAAUGGCAAGGUCGAGUAUCAAAUUUUGUCGAAUCCUGAGUUUCUUUCCGAAGGAACUUCUAUUCAGGAUCUACUAAAUCCUGAUCGGGUUCUAAUCGGAGGAAAAGAUAAUCUUGAAGGUCUAGAAGCAAUUCAGAAACUGAAAGCUAUAUAUGCUAACUGGGUGCCUGAAGAGAGAAUUAUAACUACAAAUGUUUGGUCUGCUGAACUCUCUAAGUUAGCUGAUAACGCUUUUUUGGCUCAAAGGAUUUCGUCGAUUAAUGCUAUGUCGGCUUUAUGCGAGUCUACUGGUGCAGAUAUUUCACAGGUUUCUUGCGUUUUAAGUAAAAACACUAAACUUGGUUCUAGAUACUUAAAUGCUAGUGUUGGGUUUGGUGGUUCCUGUUUUCAAAAAGAUAUACUUAAUUUGGUUUAUAUAUGCGAGUGUAAUGGACUUCUCGAAGUCGCUAAUUAUUGGAAAGAGGUGAUUAAGGUGAACGACUAUCAGAAGAGUAGGUUUGUGAAAAAAGUUAUAACAUCCAUGUUUAAUACAGUUUCAGGUAAGAAGGUUGCUGUUCUAGGAUUUUCCUUUAAGAAAGAUACUAGUGAUACUAGAAAAACUCCCGCGAUCGAUGUUUGCAAAGGUCUUUUGGCGGAUAACGCUUGUUUGAGCAUUUACGAUCCACGUGUUAGCGAAGAACAGAUUCGAAGGGAUUUGUCUAUGAAUGAAAUUCCAUGGGACAAUUCAGUCAUGGCGGAGCCAAUGAGGUUCGAUUAUACGAGGCAGGUUAGUGUGUUUGAGGAUGUUUAUGAGGCGACUAAAAAUGCUCAUGGGAUAUGUGUUCUGACAGAAUGGGAUGAGUUCAAGGAAAUUGAUUAUCAAAGAGUGUUUGAUAGUAUGGAGAAACCAGCAUUUGUUUUUGAUGGUAGAAAUGUUUUGGAUGUUGAUAAGUUGAGGGAGAUUGGGUUUAUUGUAUACUCAAUUGGGAAACCAUUGAAGCAGUGGCAGAGUUGCUAGAUUGUGUGUUAUGAUGAAAUAAAAAUGGCAUUGCUUUGAGGUUAUAUAUAUUGUAUGAGACAAUUAAGAUCAUUCUUAUGUUUCAUUGAGAGUGAAAGUUCAUAUGUAAAGGAAUAAAUACUUUAUGUUUAUUGAUAAGAAAUUUGAUUCCAAUU